UCUACCGACGAGACCUCGCCAACUACGGCUUUGACGUCAUCGAUGUUCUUGUCGGAUUUGACUCCGCGGAGAACCUGAUGCAGACGCUCAUAGAACGUGAACUCGUUCUGGUGACGGAGUGUCCCGUGGGGCUGAGGAUUCUGUCCCUGAAGCUACUGCUCGCACUAGCCACUGCAACAGAUAAUGUGAGCCAGAACACGAUACUCGAGUAUCUGAUGAUGAACAGCAUCUUCGAAUCCAUCAUACACUCGGCAAACCCUUACAUAGUCAAGUUAUCAAUCCUGGACGAUGAACUUGCCUUGAAUGGUCUGGGACAGGUUGUAUCCAACAUUCUUUCCGACUUCAACAGGGAGUUUGCUAUGAGGCAACCCGACCAGCAGCAACAGGGAUUCUUUUCCACUAUCACUAGUAUGGUCGGAGGUAUGCUCCUUGCGGAGGAAAAUGGCAAUGGUGGUCAGAGCCACCUGGUGAGAGCAAAUCACGGCAUAUUGUUGGCUCUCUAUGAGGCUGUACAUCUCAACAGGAACUUUGUUACGGCUUUAACGCAUUCACACACGAUAAUGGAAACCAGCCCACCACACUCUCCCGUGGCUCUAAACCCACCGUUAGAUCUGUCAGCGGAAAGCCAGUCUUCAAAUUUGCUUGUUACGUUUCUGCAGUAUAGCUCUAUCGUGUUCCAAGAUGUCAAAGACGAGUCGAAGCAGUGCAAUGCGAAGCUGUGUCUUAUUAUCAUGACGUGCAUAGCUGAGGACCAGUACGCCAACUCCCUCAUGCACGACGCCAACAUGAACUUCCGGGUGCAGCUGCACAAGAUGCCGAUGCGACAUCGGAAGCCGAAGCCGGAGAAGGCUGUGCCGUCGCGGCCCCUCGCCUGCGCCCUCCUCGACCUCAUGGUCGAGUUCGUGAUGAGUCACAUGAUGAAAAACCUGCCGAUGGAACUCUACCUAAAAUGCCUGGGAAUCACACACAGGGUGUUGUGUUACCAGAAAAGAUGUCGAGUCAGGCUUAACUACACAUGGAAGGAAUUGUGGACAGCUCUCAUUUCCCUUCUUAAGUUCUUGCUAGCUCAGGAAUCAUCAUUGCUUCCUCAAUACAACAUCUUUCAGCUGGCAUCUCAGGUCGUGAACAUCUUUAACUUGUUCAUCACGUACGGCGACACGUUCCUACCGAGCCCGACGAGCUACGAUGAACUGUACUACGAGGUUGUUCGCAUGCACCAGGUGUUCGACAACCUAUACUCGAUGGCACUGAGGUAUACAUCGACAGAAGGAGAGUAUAAAGAGGUCGCAAGCAGGCUGACAAAUAGCCUGGUGAACAUCAGAGCUAUCAUCAACCAUUUCAACCCUAAGAUAGAUUCAUGGGCAGCCGUUAACCAUCUAUCUGCAUUGACUGAAGAACAGGUUCUUGAAGUGGUGAGAGGUAACUACGACACCCUGACCCUGAAGUUGCAUGAUAGUCUCGACCUGUUCGAGAGAUACUCCGAGAAACCGAAAGAGUCGAGUUUCUUUACGCAGCUGGUGCGCAGCGUGAUACAGGACGUGAGGACGCACGUCGCCACGACCGCCGUCACGCAGGAACGCGUUCUGCAGGAAUUCUCCAGCAUCUCCUAACGUUCUUCCCUUCCCCCGAGCUCACAGGACUGCACGGAGUGACGCGAAACACGCGCGAAGGCCAUAGUAAUGCACGAGGUGACAGGAGCCUGGUGCUGUCACCAGAGACAGGUUGACAGUAACCUGGAGUUGUCACCAGAGACAGGUUGACAGUAACUUGGAGUUGUCACCAAUGAAAGGUUUUUGACAGUAGGCUAAUACUGUCACCAGGGAUGGAGUGACAGUAACCUGGUGCUGUCAUCAGGUACAGGCUGACAGUAGACUGGUGUUGUCACUAGGGGCAGAAAGAUAGUAACUUGUUGUCACCAAGGGUAUGUUGACAAUUACCCGGUGCUGUCACCAGGGAUAGAGUGACAAUAGUCUGGUGCUGUUACCAGAGACUGGUUGACAGAAACCUUGUGCUGUCGCCAGAGACAGAUUGAUGGUGACCUGAUUCUGUCAUCAUGGAUAGGUUGACAGUAGACUGGUGCUGUCACCAGAGAUAGGGUGACAGUAGAGUGGUGCUGUUACCAGGGAUGGGUUGACAGUAGAGUGGUGCUGUCACCAGGGAUAGGGUGACAGUGGCCUUGUGCUGUCACCAGGGAUGGGUUGACAGGAGAAUGGUGCUGUCACCAGGGAUGGGUUGACAGGAGAAUGGUGCUGUUACCAAGGAUAGAGUGACAGUAGAGUGGUGCUGUCAUCCAUAACAGGUUGGGUCGGGGUCUGGUAAUUACUUCUGCGUAGAUGGUCGUGAACUAACUACUGGCCAGCCGGUCUCGUGGUAGGGGGACCGAUACCUCGUACUGGUAUGAAGGCAAGUAGACAGAUACCUCGUACUGGUAUGAAGGCAAGUAGACAGAUACCUCGUACUGGUAUGAAGGCAAGUAGACAGAUACCUCGUACUGGUAUG